AUCUUCACCCUUCUCCGAUCUCCGGGACCGUCGUUGUUGAGUCCUACGUCGUUGAUGUGCCUCAAGGGAACACGAAGGAAGAGACAUGCGACUUUGUGGACGUUAUAGUACGAUGCAAUCUCCAGUCACUUGCUAAAAUAGCUGAAAAUUCUGCGGCGGAGGUGAUGAAGAAGACGUCCAUGCGAUGAGGGUUUGGUCGAGUAGUUUGGUUAGAUCCGACGCCGUUUUGUUGUUUUUAAGCCGUCGUGUGAUCUAUGUUUUUGCCGGCUUAUUGUGUGAAAAAAUACAUUAGUAAAUUAAUCUAUCAUAUGCAUCAUAAUCUUAUUAUCAUUUACUUAGUUUUGUACUUUAUAUCCGUAAAGAACCUAUUCGGACUUUCACCACCCCAUUCAGUAAGUAUAUACUGAAGAUUACAAUGCGUAGUCGUCUCGGAUAUAUAGCUCAUAACAUUUGUCAAACUUAUGUAUGUAUAAACAUCUUUUGAGAAAAUUCGAUGACUAAAGAAAACUUUAAACCUUUUUUUUUGUCAACAAAGAAAACUUUAAACCUAGGCAUGAUAUAUAUAAAGUCUUCCUUUCCUCGAGGGUUUUAAAUCGUUCCUACAACUUUUAUAUUUCUUAUGAUUCCAUGAUAAUUAAAAAAGGAUUGAUAUUUAAGUUUUUUAAAUUAAAAACAAACAACGUGUACCAAAUAGUUAAAUUUCUUUUGCAAACAAGAAAAGUUAAAUUUCUUCAAAAUCAAAAAAUUGCUUGUUAGAAAAUAAAUUUAAGUGGAAAUGGCUGAUGUUUUUUUAUAAUGGAAGAUUCAAGGUUAAAAUUAAGAUGAACAAAUCUAUCCACACAUAUACGCAUUUGAUAUAUAGCAUAGAUAUGAACAUGUUACUGACAUAAAAUGAAAUAAAAAAAUCGCAAGUGGUAACACAACAAGCCAAGCUGUUUAUUCUGGACAAUAAAAAAAGGAAUGCAAGUUGCAACUUGUUGAUCUUCACCUCCUUUCUUUAUGCUUCUUUCCAAUUGAUAAAUAUAAGAUUAAUUUUAAUAAUAAUAAAACAAUAUAUAGAUUAGAGAAGAUAACAAGUUGCACGUCCUUUUUUUUGUUGGCAACAAGUUGCAUCUCCUUUUACAUAACGAGAGUCGCGAUAUGUUUCGUUUGGGUUCCAAGUGACCUCUUAAAGAAUAUACCAACAUUUAAACAGAUUUUUUUUUUGUAUACUCAAGUGGUUUUAAAACAUUAAAUCAUACAUUUUUAUCCACAUAAUUUUUAAAGAUUCUAGUUGUUAUAUUUUUAUCCUUGUUUUUGUCAAAAAAAAUAUUUUUAUGCUUGCAAUAAAUGUAAUCCAAAAGCCAUGUUCAAACAUAAAAAGAACUAUAAUCCACGUUUCCCACAAUUAUGUAACCAUGGUAGUAUAGCACUGGAAAAUUUAUCAUGGGAUAGGAAAAGUUGAAUUCUAAAACCAUGUUGAUCUUUUAUGUGAUAAAAAUAUUGGAUAUAAAGUUUUUGGGAUUAGUUUAGAUUUUGAUAUUAAUUUAUGCUUACAACAAUUUUCUUGUCCAUAUCGUAAAUAACUAAAUAUCAUAAACAAACACCAAAAUGAAUACGACAUAGCGAAACAACGAAAUCAAGUUUAGUGCUUAAUCGAGUUCAGGGAUAAUGCUUCAAGCGAUCAAAACCUUUCAUCCAACUUCUUUGCUUUACUUCACAAAAGUUUCAAAUUAUCCAAAUCUUUAUGUAUUCUGGGCAUCAUGGUGGUAAGAACUUUAAAUUAAUUUCAGAAUAGAUAUCCAGUUUGUUUUUUUUUAAGAACCAAAGAAAUCAAAACGUUAAGAAAAUAAGGUUUCGUAAUUCGUACUUUCAAUUACUAUUUAUUGUGGACGUCAAAUAUUGACAAUUAUAGCAAGCUUACUAAUCAUAAGAUACAUACUUAAUAUGGCCAUGAAAGGUGUAAAAAUAAAGAAAAUCGUUGCGAACGAGUUGGCAGUGCAAGUGGGACAGGGGUAGCUGCAACAUUUUGCAAACAUAUUAACUGUGAUUUGCAAAUUAAAUUCUCUUUUUCUUCUGAUUCAGAAAAAUAAAAUAGAUGUGUGUUUCGAGAUCCUUCACGCCACCGUUUCUUCUACCUUGAUUGGACCAAUUGCUCAAGUUCCCGCUUGUCCAAGAGAAGAAAACUAACAAAAAGAAAUCGAAUACAAAAAAAAUUAAUAUAUUAACAAGUUGCAAAAAGAUUAGUACUUUCCACCGUCUUCUUAUACGAUCGGAUGAUGUUUUUAAAUCGAGACUUAAUAUGGACGUACGGCCUUUGACACACAUUUUGGGUCAGGUUAAGGUAGGUUUAUCAUUUGUACUUAAUUCCCUUAUUAUAUUGAUUUUAAACAUUAUCUAGAAGAGAAUGUCCUAGGCAAUGUAAAAGAUCUUAAACCCAAUAAUCAAAGAUUAUUCGUGGAAAAUUAAUUUUUUUUUCCGUGGAAAAUACUUUAGAUUAAUCUACUCUGUUAAUCUCAACUCCUACCAUAUAUAUUUUUGAAGUGAUUUUUUAUAAAUACCAAACAGAAGUAAGACCUUUAAUUUAUUUUUAAAUUAUUCAUUGUUAUGCAUUGAUUAACAUAUUCCACACGGUAGAACCUAGUCUUUUCAUAUAAAUGACAAGUAGUAUUAGAUCACGGUUCGACCUUGUGGUUUGAUAAAAGUAAUCGAGAAAAUAACAAAAACAAAGAAACUGCAUUACAAGAUAGGGGAUGCUAGGUCCUACCCAUAGUUAUGCCAAAAUCUAUGACGACCUAACCACCUUGAGCAUGACUGUGGUCUGUAGUUGAAUUUGGUGGCAAAAUCAAAACCCAAGCGCCAAGGGCAUCCGCCUCUAUAUCCAACUUGAGCCCAGUCUGUAUAUGGUCGCAAAUUCAACUAAUGCGUAAUAACAAUUCAAUGCACACGGCAAUAUGCCAUUUCUUUUGGUGUUUCACAGUUUCAGCAUCAUAUAUGACACUUGACACAUAAUAAAUGGGAAAUAUACCUCACUCAAAUCUUUAAUUAUAUACAAGUUUCACUGGUUGAUAAUAGCACAUUCAGAGAAUCAACAAUGGGAGCUGAGCUAGAAAGUUUGAACAAACUAUUUCAAGCAAAUUGGUCUGAAUCUAAACCUAAAGCUAAUUAAUCUAUCAUAUGCAUCAUAAUCUUACUUGUCGAAUUUGGACAAAGGCACCUACGAUGAUGAUAUGUAAGUAUAUGCUAUCAAUUUCUACUAUAUUUUUUUUUUUUAAUUUGGCAUGAAAUUUACCAUUUUAUUGGUAGUAAGAAUGUCUUUAAAGAGACUGUUAAAGUUGUUGAUGUUUUCGUUAGACAAAAAAACUUACAGACGAAGCGAUUUAGGCUCUGAAUGGUAAUUGCGGAUUGAACGGUGCGGGACAAGCGGUUCAAUUUCGGUGCGGUUCUUACAGUUAUAAAAACGUAUAGAUAUAUGAUAUAUGUAAAGAUUUUUGUUAUUAUUAAUUGCGGUGCAGUGCAACAAGACGGUUUGUAACAUUCAAAGCCUUAUGGUAGAUAUAUUAUGUUUGAGUCUCUUCGAGAUACAAAAUAGGUAGGCCAACUUCCUGUAAUAAUCUUUUCUUUUGUGCAUUAGAAGUUUUUCUCCAGCAACAUUGGCUUUUUUUUUUUGAAUUUAGAGCAUCUCUAACAGGUUCUUAUCCUCUCAUUUUUUGAAGGUUUUUGCAUUCUAACAGUCUUUCAUUCUCUCAAAUUUUAAGUGGGUGAAUAAUGCACUCUCAUAAAAUUCUAUUUACUUUUUAGCUUAUCCCUACAAUUAUAUAUGUUCGACAAUAUCAUGUAAAAUGCUUUAGUCCCUACAAUAUUUACUUUUUGCUUUACAUCUUGCGCGGCUUUUUAACAAGUAAAAUGCUUUUUCCAUGUUUUAUCGGUAAGUAACUUUUUAUUUUUCCAAUUGGUAGUUGCGGCCGGAGAGUGCUUUUCGUGAGAGGGGUUGACCAUGAUUUACCGGAGGACGUUAUCAAGCAACAACUGGAACGAAUACUCAAAUUGUGUAGAGAAAUCGAGAGGAUAUUUUUCCUAUAAACUGUGACACUGGUCGCUGUUUAAGGUUCCAAGUCAUCUAGUUCUCAGUUCGUUGUAAAAUGUAUUGUUUAAUAUUAAAUGCUAACUUAAGAUUUUUUUAAUACAAUUUCAGAUACAUUAUAUGGAUCAGAAAGGUAAAGAAGCGGAGGAGAUGAAUUCAACCUUUAUUGGAGAUUGUAAAAUCGAGGUUUGGAACUCCACUUUUGAUGUGAGAUCCAAGAACAUUCAGGAUGCGUCUCCAAUCACACUCCAUUUUUUUUCUCUAAACUGAAGUAAAAGUGAAUACAGAGUAAAAAAUGUUUCAGUCCAACUUCAUAUUUCACUUCAUAAUGGAGUAAUUUAUUUUUGUUUGUUCAUCACUCCAUUAUAAAGUGAGAAAUAAAGUAGGAUUGGAGCAUUUUUAUUUCAUAUUCACUUUUAUUCUAUUUUAGAGAAAAAAAUGAAGUUUUACAUUGGAGAUGUUCUAAAAGUCUAAUUAGGUACUCCUUCUGUUCCUAAAUAUAAGAUGUUAUAGGUGAAACCCGCUUAUUAAAAAAAUCUAUGAAGCGAAAAUUUUAAUUUUUUUUUAAACUUUCUAAAUUUGUGAAAUGUUACAAUAUUUUGAAUAUGGCAAUAAAACAAUAUUUUACUUAUUUUAUAUAUAUAGUUACGAUGUUAAUAAUGAAAUAAUAAUCUGCAAAUAUAUAUAUAGAAGAAGAUACAAAUACAUAUGAAGGUUUGAAAUAAUUUAUUUAAUGAAAAAAUAUACCGUAAACUUAUUAUGUUUUAAAAAUUGAUAGAUACAUAUAUAUUAUAAUAUAUACCAAUUUAGAAUUGAAAACAAAAUACUUAUAUAAAAAUAAAUAAAAACAAAAAUUUGUGCGGUUGCACGGAUAGAGAUCCAGUUAAACAUUAAAACUUGCAUGUCCAACUUGACAUCACAUACAAAAGCCCGCAAAAGCCCAGUUCACACCGCCCAAUAUAUAAGGGAGACGAUCUUCUAGGGAUGCUAUCUCCUCGACCUCCCUAUUGAAACAAACCAAAACCGCGCUCAGUCUCUCUCUUCUCUUUUAAAUUAAUCCAUGGACGAGAGCAAGCUCAAGAGAUGCUCCACUUCAUCCACCCAUGCUGAAGCCUCUGAUGAAGCCAUAGAUCCUUUGCAAAAGGAAAGAGAGUUCGAUGAUUGGGAGACAGAAGUUAAUAAUCGGAAGAAGCAGAAGCAGGCGGAAGAAACCACAGAGAAGAAAAAGAAGUGUUGUUUUGGCACUAAAGAUGCAAAGGGAAACAAUGAGCAUACCAUAUUCGUCACGGGUUUUGAUAAUAGCGGUUCUAGGGAUGAGAUCAGGAGCGCAUUGGCUAAACAUUUCAGUUCAUGUGGAGAGUUGACGAGGGUUUUUGUUCACAUCGAGUGUGAAACCGGUGUUUCCAGAGGAUAUGCUUUUAUUAAUCUGAAAAAACGUGUUGGCAUUGAGGCGGCGUUAUCUCUCAAUGGAAGCGACUUGGGAGGUCAUAAGCUUCUGGUUACAAUGGCUAGACUUAGAGACGAAUACUAUGCCCACUUUAACUUUAAUGGCUGUGAAAUCUGUCGUGCUAGCUAUGCUGCCGGCCGUCAGAGACUGUACAGAUGGAAUCUUCGAACUGGUGGUGGCAAAGUCAGGCGCAUGUCUCCACAAUUUCAAGAAAAGGCUCGUCUUCAUUAUAAUAAAGCAAUGGCUUCUCGCAAGAUGGCGAAGUCUAAAACCAACGAAGGCUAAUAUUUUCUACUUGUUUCUCGACCAGCUCCAUCAAACGGCUUUUUUUUAUAUCAUUUUUGUUUUCUAUUUAUAUAAAAAAAAACAUAUAUUAUGCUAUUUUGGCUGCAGUGUUUAUGCUUCAAUCAGAUUAUGAACUUUUCUUUAAUAAACUAUGUUGUAUAGUUUUCUUUUGGUGUUUGAAAAAUUGUUAACAGGGAUCAAAUACUACGGAACUGUUUUGAUGA